GUUGAGCUCAGUAUUGACAAGUUCGAUACCUCAGUCGAUCCCUUACAGCUCCCUAAAGUCAGUCAUUUACUGCCACUAGCACAGCUUGAAGUUUCGAUGGACAUUAUACUGAGAACUUCUUUAUUUUGUUGAAACAAUGACAAUGUAGGAUACGCCAAAGGUGGAUGGAGGCCUUAUCUGUUUCGAUUUAACAAACAAGGACUCGAUGGACUGCCUUCCUGAUUUGCUCAAUUUAUUCCAUUCGCUGCAGAUACCAUUGUUUUUGCUGGGGCUCAAAUCAGAUUUAACCGCCUUGCGCCAAGUCGAUGCUCAUUUAGCAACCAAUCUUGGAAAACUUUUCAACGCUCCUUUUUCCGAAUUCAAUACCUUUUCACUUCACUGCUCACGUCGCCUGAUUGAAAUAUGUGCUAAUAUUGUACUAUCGUGUGCCAGUAAGCGACCAGACGUCAACAUGAAUAAGAUGAAAUCCACCUCAGAUUGGAUAAGCAACAAUCAACUUUCCGCCAGAAAUCCUUUAACGUUGAGGGAACGACGAUUUGCUGGCGAACCCAUCAUCAGAAUAGGUACCAAGGGCAAUGCUGGAGCCUUCACAAAGCCGCCUCCAAUCUCCUCCAGUCACGGAAAACAGAGCCCCAAGAAUUCGCCUAGUUUCCGCACUGCAUCUUCUCCGCCCGAUCAUCAGCGACGCUAUCCCGUUGACGUGAUGCAGUCACCUCGUCCACGAGCGUCGAAAUCGAUGCCUUCCACUCGGAACCGAAAUGAUUACCUCACAAAUGGCGAGCGCACGCCUAAUUCUUCUCUUUCUUCCAAUCGUCUCUCACCAACUUUUACUUCUCACCCUACUCCAGGCUUUGUGUAUGCGCCUACUCAGAGCACAUUCGAUCCCACCGCAAACGUACCAUCACCAUCCUUUAAGCCUCUCCCGAGCUUACCCACAACACUUCAACCCUCUGUCUCAGAACAGUACCCACAUAUCGAACCAAUGAGCCAUAUAUCAUCAAAUAUGGGCGUGAACGAUGCUAAGCGCAACAAACGAAGUUCAAAAGACAGUGGGGAAUCUUUUAGUCCAGGCAUGACUAUAGAGGAUAUUAUAGAUCGGUUAACACAGGUCAAUGGUCCGCCGUCAGAUGAGAAGUUCAUGCUGGUGUUUAUGACAUUCUUUCGCCGCUUUAUGAAGCCAAGGGAAUUAGCCGAGAUGCUUACGGAAAGAUUUGCGAGCGAAAUGGAUGCCACCAAGCUGCCGACUCCCCAACAACAAAAAAUUCAUCACUUUUUUUGUCAAUGGUUAUCAACAUACUGGGGCGACUUCUGUAGCGCCCAUACGAGGAAAUUAAUGAUGUUGCAUCUAGACCAACUUUCUCAACAUGCGGACCUCCGACCCAUGUGUGAUGAAUUGGCGCCGCUCAUCAUUCGUGAGCCGUUAUCGGGCGACCCUGACACACGAUGGGGAUUGUAUGAUAUUGAAGAUUCCGCCCCAGAUCCAUCUACUCCAGCCACUUUUUAUACGCCCAGUACGAUACCGCUCGGGAAAAAGGACAGUGGUUAUAUUGGGUCCUUUGACUCUGAACAAUUUCUCGACCUACAUUCUCCGGUUUUACAAUCCAUGGAUGUUGAUCAUGCAAAAUUUGGAAACAACGACGAUGGAAAUCGAAAGCAAAGACCAGAUCCGCCACCAAAGUCCAUUAGUAACGUGGUCCACCCUCAGAAAAAGCGUACCGCCCCUCCCACGCAUGGUGUUCCACCGCCGCGGUAUCAGGAACCGGUGAAGCCCAAGCAAGAUGUAAUAUACGACAAAAACAAAUGGCAACCAGAAUUUGCUGGUGGCCUUAUCAACAUUGAUACCCAUACCCGACAUGGGCCUAAUUCUUCGGCUGCAAGUAUAAUGAGUACAAUUGCAGGUGGUGCUACAAGGCAGGAGAAGGACGUGGCUCAGUUAUACUUUAAGACGUUUACAAGUUUUUCAGAUGAUGCGCUAGCAGACCAAUUAACCUGGAUUGAGGCGGAACUCUUUUAUCGCAUUAAGCCGCGGCAACUCAUUAGAAACGUCUGGUCAACCAAAGCAAGAAGGCAGUAUUCAACAUCGAUAUCUUCUUUGGACCAAAUUAAAUCACCGGUCUCCAAAGAGUCGUUCACACCAACCUUCAAUAGUCAACACGCAUCUUGUCCAGUGCUUGCUUCGAUCGCACAUUUCAAUUUUAUAUCGGCCUGGGUGUCGACCAUGAUUGUGACCCAGCCAAAGUUGAGUCGACGAGGAAAAGUAUUGGAAAAGUUAAUGCAUGUCGCAGUAGCAUUGCGAAAUCGCAACAACUAUAAUACGUUAAUGGCCGUACUCGCUGGCAUUAAUAGUGCCGCCGUACUUCGACUACGGCAUACACGGGAUUGGGUGUCGGUGAAAAAGAUAUAUAAACAAUUCCAGAGCUUAGAGAGACUAAUGAGCACCGACCGAUCAUUUGGAUCGUAUCGACUUGCCCUUAAGGCCUCAGAGGCACCUGGAAUCCCGUACUUAGGAAUACAUAAUCAGGAUUUAUUGUCGUUGGCAGAGGCCAACAAGGACUUUAAAAUGGAUGGCACCAUCCAUUGGGAAAAAUUUCGUUUAAUGGGAGACACAAUUUUGGCAAUGAUACGAUUCCAAGAACCAAAAUUCAGCAUACAACCUGAUGCAAGAAUACUUGGCUUCAUUGCAGAAACGGAACUAAUGAAUGAAGAUGAGCAAUUCCGGCAAUCGACAGCUAUUGAACCACGGCUAAAAGCGGCGGCAAGCUCCAAUAGACUCCGAGAUCUCUGGUUUCGCGUGUAAAAACAUAUU